ACCACUGUUGAUAAAAUUCAUUAUAAGCAGAUGAUUUAGAAUUCUGAUUAGGGUUUUUUCUGUGUUUUUUAUAUCAUUAAUCAAUGAAUAGGUCUCCUAUAUAUACAUGUUUAAUCACUAAGCUAAUUAUGGAAGAACAGUAAAUAUGGCUAACAAUCAGCCUAGAAUAAUCUGUUGCCUAGAAUAAGAGAUUUCCUAAAUAUUUACAUAUUCAGUUUCCUACACUCCCCCUCAAGUUAGGUCAUAGGGUCUCCAAUGCCUAACUUGCAUAGAGUUUCUUCAAAUGCUUCAGCUGUAACAGCUUUUGUGAGGAUAUCUGCAAGUUGAUCUUUAGAUCGAACCAGAGGGAGGCUGAUGAUCUGAUUUUCAAGUUUCUCUUUGAUAAAGUGUCGAUCGACCUCAACAUGUUUGGUUCGAUCAUGUUGUACUGGAUUAUUGGAAAUGCUGACAGAUGUCUGGUUAUCACAAAUCAAUCUGCAUGCUCAUUUAGGUGGAAAGCCUAGUUCGCAUAGGAGUUUUCUGAGCCACAGGAUUUCCAUUACCCCUUUAGCUAUCCCUCUAAACUCUGCUUCAGCACUUGAUAGAGCCACUACAUUUUGUUUUUUGCUUCUCCAUGUAACCAAGUUUCCUCCUAUAAGAGUGAAGUAACCAGAUGUAGACUUUCUGCUAUCUUUGUCUCCUGCCCAGUCUGCAUCAGUGUAAGCCAUGAGAUCCAGGUUACCAUUAUUCCCAAACAAUACUCCUCGAUUACUUGUUCCCUUCAGAUAUUGGAGAAUUCUCAUUACAGCUUCCAUGUGUUGGACUUGUGGACAAUGCAUGAAUCUACUUACGACGCCUACCGCAUAUGAGAUGUCAGGGCGAGUAUGAGCGAGAUAUAUGAGUUUUCCCACAAGUUUCUGAUAUUGUUCUUUUUCUGCCAUUUCUCCUCCCAGUUCAGUUUGUAAUCCAUGAUUGACUGUUAUUGGAGUUUCUGCUGGCUUGCAGUCAAUCAUUCCAGUUUCUGCCAAAAGAUCAAGAAUAUAUUUUUUUUGGUUAAUGAAGAUCCCUUUCUUUGAUCUUAGGACUUCAAUUCCCAAAAAAUAUUUUAGGUUUCCCAGAUCCUUCAUUUCAAAUUCCAAGAACAACCUCCCUUUUAGAUUUUUAAUCUCCUGUUCAUCGUUCCCUGUGAUAACCAUAUCAUCUACAUAUAUUAUGAGACAAGUGAUCUGAUUUCCUCUUCUUUUGAGGAACAAGGUAUGAUCUGAAUUACUCUGCUUGUACCCGAACUUUUUCAUUGCAGCCGUGAACCUCCCAAACCAAGCUCUAGGUGACUGUUUUAGACCAUAUAAAGCUUUCCUAAGUUUGCACCCCUCAUUUUCUCCAAAAUCAUCUGUAAACCCUGGAGGAGCCCUCAUAUAAACUUCUUCCUCGAUCUCCCCAUGAAGAAAAGCAUUCUUUACAUCAAACUGGUACAAACGCCAUUCUCUGUUAGCAGCUAUAGACAACAAGACCCUGAUAGUGUCAAUCUUCGCAACCGGAGAGAAGGUUUCAGAGUAGUCUAUCCCAUAUGUUUGAGUAUAUCCUUUCGCAACAAGACGAGCUUUGUAUCUUUCAAUUUUCCCAUCAGCAUGAUACUUAAUGGAGAACACCCAUUUACAGCCCACAGUUUUCUUUCCUCUAGGCAAAACACAUUUUUCCCAAGUAUUAUUUCUAUUAAGUGCUGUGAUUUCAUCCUCCAUGGCUUUUCGCCACUUUGGAUCUUGGAGAGCUUCAUCAACGUUUCGGGGAAUUGUAUUGUAGUAGAGGGAGGCUUUAAAGGCAACGGCAGAUUCUGACAAAAUUCCAGCUUCACUUUGACUUACUGGAUAUCGGGAGCGGUGUGCCUCAUACUCAGGAUCAUAUCUUUUGGGAGGAACUCCCCUGGUUCUCCUGGGAGGAAGUUCAUAUCUGCAAUUCUCACUGGAGGAAGGCACACUAGAGGAAGGUAUAUUGCCAUUAGUAACAAUAGGACUAUCACAGAUUGGUGGGUCAGAAUUUACCUCUAUCUCGGGAGAAUCUCGGGACGGCUCAGACAGGACAGGAAUGAUAGGAGGAGAAGGUGGUAUUAGUGUGUCAGUGGAGACAUCGGUGGGAUUACCUACUUCCUCUUUGUAGUCUAUAGCAAAAGGACGUAUUAACCAGCUUAGGUCUUCACCCUUAGUCUCCCCCGGAAGACUAAACUGGGAAUAGUAAUAGGAGUCUUCAAAGAAGUCACAAUCAAGGGUAGUAUACAUUUUGUUAUGGAUGGGGUCAAAACAUCGAUAUCCCUUUUGUGUAGCCCCGUACCCAAGGAAAACACAUUUGAUUGCUCGUGGUUCGAGUUUGUGUAGGUAAGUGCACAUACACAACACAUCCAAAAAUGCGAGGAGGAAGGGAAUGAGAAGGGGGAAUGGUAGUAUGGGAUCGAAGUGUUUCAAGGGGAGUUUUGAACUUGAGGGUUUUGGUAGGUAGACGAUUGGUGAUGUAAGCGGCAGUGGAGAUAGCUUCGGGCCAAACAUGUGCAGGGGUUUUGGCCUCGAACAUUAAGGCUCGGGAAAUUUCAAGAAGGGUACGGUUCUUCCGUUCCGCAACUCCGUUUUGUUGUGGAGUGUACGGGCAGGAAGAUUGGUGGAUAAGCCCAUGUGUGGAAAAAAAAUCCUGAAAUUUUUGGUUCAUGUACUCCCUCCCAUUAUCUGAUCGAAGAAUCUUUGGCUGUGUUUGGAAUUGAGUUUGAAGCAUAUUAUAAAAUUUGACAAAGGUAUCAAAAACUUCAGUUUUAUGUUUAAGAAAAUAAACCCAACACAUACGAGUGCAAUCAUCCACAAACGUAAUAAAAUAAGACAAACCAUGAGUAUGAAAGGUAGGAGCUGGGCCCCAAACAUCAGAAUGGAUCAAAUCAAAAGGUUUACUACUACGAGACAUACUGGGAAAAUACGACUGUUUGUGACUUUUAGCUAGCACACAGGCUUCACAGUUCAGAGUUUGAUUAGAAUUAUUAAACAAUGGAAAAAGACGUUUUAAGUACCCUAGUGAGGGAUGACCUAGACGCCUAUGCCACAUCCACAUUUGCUGUUCAUUCGACCCAUGAGUAAGCAAAGUAGGACCCUUGUGAGUCUCCUCGUCCACAUAAUACAAGCCUCCUCGCUCAGUACCACACCCAAGGAUCUUCCCUGUCCGAGUGUCCUGCACAAUACAAGCAGUAGAUGUCAUCAGAACAGUACAAUUAAGUUCUUUUGUUAAUUGACUAAUCGAUAAUAAUUUAUGAGAUAAACUCGGGAUUAGGAGACAAUUCUUUAAAUGUAAGGACGAUGAAACAUGAACCGGGCCGGCAUGGUGGACUUCUACUCUCUCCCCAUUAGCAGUUUGUAUAUGAGUUCGGGUUUUGUCCCCAAUAGAUACAAGAUCGUGAGGAUCAAAUGUCAUUGUGUCUGUUGCCCCGCAAUCGAAUAUCCAUUGUGAUGACGGGGGGUUACAAAGGAGCCCAAAAACAGUUGGGCUUGGGAUAUUGGGUUGAGGUUUUUCGUGGGUGGGUAUUUCUAGGGUUUGGUGAGUAUAAAUACUCACGUUUGGCAAGUAUUGAAACCCUCCCUUCCCUGUUUCUCUCUCUUCCGUCCCGGUUACUGUUUCUCUUUCUUCCGUUUUUCUUCCUGUUUUCUCCAUUGUUGUUUCACCUGUGUUACCUUCCAUGGCCUUUUCUCUCUUAGGGUAGUGAGUAGUGUCAGACGCCGUGGUGGUGGAGACGCCAGUAGUUGCGUGUGCCUUGCCGCCGGUUCGUGGCUGGGCCUUGGUGGCGGCCUUCCUCUGCUUGUGUUCGUCCCACCACUCCGGAAAGCCUAUAAGUUUAAAGCAACCCUCCUUUGUGUGUCUUGUUCCACCACAGUGACUGCAUCUGAGGUGAGAUUUGUCUUCUUCCUGCCGGUAUGACGGUCUACCGGACCGGUUUCUUGCCACUAGCCCACUACCUAUUUCUGAGGGACCCGGUCCCAGUGAUGAAGCGUGGGUCAUGAUCCCACGUCUGUUGAUUUCUCUCCGGAUGGCGGCGUAGGCUGCUUCCACGCUUGGUAGUGGAUCUUGGUUGAGUAAAUCUCUCCUUACUUUGUCGAAUGUAUCGUUAAUUCCGGCCAGGAAUUGAAAUAACCUUUGUUUUUGUAUGAAGGUAUUGAAUAUGGUUAUGUCUUCAGCACAUUUCAUAGGGUUCGGCAUACGACGGUCGAUUUCUUUCCACAAAGUGUCUAGACAGCCAUAAUAUUCUUCUAUGGACCCUUGAUUUUGUUUAACUGAACUUGCUUUCGAACUUAGAUCGAAGAUCUAAAGUUCGUCAUGACCACUAGCCAAAAGGAUUGUAAUCCCAUUCCAUAAGUCAUACGCUGUUGUGUAAUCAAGAAAUUGGUUCAUGAGUUCUGAUUCAAUGUUUGAUAUGAUCCAGGACAAAACCAUUGAGUCCUGUUGUUUCCAUUUCAGGUAAUUUGCAUCAGUUGAUGAAGGAGGGGUGUCGAUGAUGUGUUUGAGACGCCCUCUUCCUUCAAGUGCAAUUUUCAUUAAACGGCACCAUUUAGAGUAAUUCUGGUAAUUCAACUUUUCAGUGACCCUCAGAUCUGAGGUUGAUUGUUCAUUGGCUGUAUUGAGUUUUUGCAUUUUUUGAAACAGUUGGAACAUUUGUUCCAAUUGUUCCAUGUUCAUCAAUUGCUGGUUUGCGUCUGACUUCGAUUCUGAUUCAGACAUAUUUGGGGAUUGUGUUUCGUAGGUAAAUGAUGAUAGCCAACAGUGUCGCCGGUCCCCGGAAAACACCUUAUGGCUCUGAUACCAUGAUAAAAUUCAUUAUAAGCAGAUGAUUUAGAAUUCUGAUUAGGGUUUUUUCUGUGUUUUUUAUAUCAUUAAUCAAUGAAUAGGUCUCCUAUAUAUACAUGUUUAAUCACUAAGCUAAUUAUGGAAGAACAGUAAAUAUGGCUAACAAUCAGCCUAGAAUAAUCUGUUGCUUAGAAUAAGAGAUUUCCUAAAUAUUUACAUAUUCAGUUUCCUACAACUGUACAUGCUAAUUGACAUGAUUGCAAGUUGCCACAUGUGUGGUCUAAUCUUACAGAUUCCAUGAAUGAAUGUCCAGAAGACUAGAUGUAACCUAGAAUGGGACAGGGAAGUGUGCCUGUGUAGGUGUAACACUUUUCGCUUUUAUGGUUUUGUAUUUCGGGUAGUUAUGAUGUUACGAAAUUGGCAAAAGUUUACCUAUUUAAAUGGAAUGGGAUGUUUAAUAGAUAACCAACAGGCAUGUCCGACCUGAUCUUUGGGUUAGUUAGCCCUGAUGUUGGGGCUAAUUUGGACCGCUAGCUAAAUCCAUAUAUGCCUUAUUCUUCAGUUACUUUAGAAUUUGGAUAAGAUUUCUUUGAUUGAAUAGUGAUGUGUUCCGAAACUGAUGAGUGUCUAUUGGAGGGAAUAGUGUGUUUUGACAUAGUAGCAUCCCAUAAAAUUUGGGCUCUCUGUAGAAUAUCCUUGUGAUAAAUUACGUAGCAAAUGAGAUGCAUUUUCGAAGUUUCUAAAAAUUCGUACAGUGAGGUUCAAAAGGUGACUAGCAGUUGUAUAUUAUAACUCAUACUUGAAAUAAGUAUUCAGACACAUAGAAGCAAAUUAGCUGAAUGACGCAGGGAGAUGUAGAGGUAGCUUCUGUAAAGUACUUCAUAUAACUGAUCAACGGAUUAGAUCAUAUGGAGAAUUUGAUGAAUCUGAAAGGUCUAACAGCACGUGAUUAAGGUCUUAGGCAGGCUCUGUUGGGCUGCAUCCUCUAGCUCCUUUAUUGAUCUUUCUUGAGUCAAGAAGUACAAGAUUUUGAAUUCAGCUAUGUGGCAUGAGCCCAGAUUAGACUCGAUAUCUAGGGUAGGACCGUGGAACCUGAACAAGUAGUCCUAUUAAACUAGUAAAAGUUUUUUUUUUUUUAAAAGAAAAUUUUGGACUUUUGCCAUUAUUUUAUGUUUAUUAAGACAUAAGAAAAGAUCUUCACCUAAUUGACUUGCAAGAAAUGAAAUACCUAAACCGAUUAUUUUUUUUCUCACCGAAAGUUUGAUGAAUAAAACCUCAAGACAUGAUAUAUACUUUAUGACCGAAGCUAAAAUAGAACAACAUUUCAGCUAGUCUCUUGAGCGACCGUCCCUUUGAGAGACGUAUCUCAAGUCCAAACCAUUAAAAAUUAAUGUCUACUUUCCGUAUUCUUAGUGUCUACUUAAUCGUAUUUAUAAUGCCUAUUUACAUUAUCCUUAAUGCUUACUUACGUAUCCGUAAUGUCUGCUUUCAAUAUUAAAUGUCUACUUACAUCAUUCUUAAUGCGUACUUACAAUAUUUUAAAAAAUAUAUAAGGGGCCGGCUCAACUAGAGAUGGUCUCUCACAAGAAUUUGUGCAACAAUUUUGACCCCUGUUCAGCAAAAUAUUCAAUUUAUCCUGUAAUGAACUGGUAAUUGCUAAUGUGAGAAAGAAAGAGAUUAAGGCUAAGAGAGUAAAGACGCAAAGGUAGAGAAGAAAUCACUGAAAAAGACUAAGAAUAGGGAAAAAGAACAGAGAACAAAGAAAAAGACAAAGGAAAGAGAAAUACAAGAGGGAGAACUUGUAUCAUACUCAUUUAAUAUCCUAUCCAAUUAUUACAUCAUAAUAUAAUAUAAUAAAUAAACCAAACAAACUUGCUUCCAUUUGCUAAAUUGGAUACACAAUACCCUUUUCUUGAUUCUUCACUAAAUGACUAUUCUACACCUCUUAUGUAGAUAUUGAUUCAUCGCACCACAUGUCCAAAUAAAACAAAAUACAUCCUGGGCUCCGAUUCAGCAAGUUGUAUUGAUACGAUGACAUUGCCAUUUUCCAAAUUCACAGUACCAGCAGGCAGUAUUAUGUUUUAAGCACUAGGCUCAAACAAAACUCAUUAAUGGAAAUAAUGUCUAGUUUGUUUCCAGAUCUCUUGCAAAAACUCAGUUCCCUCCUCCCUUUCCUACUCUUUUUACUCUUUUUAUGCAAGAUUUUGUCUACAAGGUUUAACAAUGGAAAAAACCCACCACCAUCCCUGCCAAAACUACCAAUCAUAGGCAACCUUCAUCAACUUGGAUCAUUACUUCAUCGAUCCCUUCAUUCACUGUCUCAGUUAUAUGGUAACCUUAUGUUGCUUCAUUUAGGCAGCAGGCCAACCCUUGUGGUGUCAUCAGCUGAUAUGGCCCAACAAAUCAUGAAAACUUAUGAUAAGGUCUUCUCCAACAGGCCUAAAUCUCACAUUUCUUCUAGAAUCUUCUAUGAUGGUAAGGAUAUUGCUUUUUCUUCUUCUGGAGAAUAUUGGAGGAGGAUUAGAGGUGUUUGUGUAAUGCAACUCCUAAGUAACAAAAAGGUUCAAUCUUUUCUAACUGUAAGAGAACAAGAGGCUUCUUUGAUAGUGAAAAAGAUUAAGAAAUCCUGCAAUUCAGUGGUGAAUUUGAGGGAGAUUAUUAUGUUAUAUACAAAUGAUGUUAUUUGUAGGGCUUGUUUGGGAAGGAAGUAUAGUGGUGAUGAUGAUGUAGGGUCUAGUUUCAAAAAGCUCUUGAAUGAGGCUUUGAGACUACUUGGAUAUUUCAGUUUUGAAGACAUGAUACGUUGGCUUGGUUGGAUUGAUAGAAUAAUGGGUUUGAAAGGUGAAGUGGAAGGUGUUGCACAAGGGUUAGAUGAAAUACUUGGGAAAGUAGUUGAAGAAAAUAAAAGUAAAAUGAGUUGUAAGAACAACAUUCUUGGAAUGGGUAGCAAAAGGGACAACAUUGAUAAUUUUGUGGAGAUUUGGCUUCAAUUUCAAAAGGAGAACAAUGAUAUUCAACUUGAGAGUAUUAGACCAUUAUAUUGGUAAGGGCAUGGGUACGAAUUCUAUUGACCCCCUUUAUAUAGUGGAAUUAUUAGCGUCGAAUAUUAGUAAAUCUUCUAUUGCAUCCCCAUAGAGCUCAGAUGACUCUCAUGUGACGGGGCAUGAUAGAAUAUGUAUAUUAUAUAUUGAGACUUCAAUCAUCAGUUCAAACUUUUGAUUGAAUUGGUUGCUUAACAUUCAGGGGUGUUUGGUAUGGGAAUAUAAAAUGUAAUGGAAAGAAAAAUGAUAAAAAGGAGUAAGGGUAAGGGUAUGGGUUGUAGUUAUAUGUUGUUUGGUUUGAAAAUAUAAAGAAAACACUUAAUUGAUCAUAGAAAGAGAAUUUGUUACUUGACAUAAAUGGAUGGUAACAAAGUAAGGUUAUCCAUUACCCUCAAGAAAGGGAUUGGGUUAACCUAAGAUCAUACCAAACAAAUAUGUGGCGUAAUGGCAAUUGAAUUCCUUACUUAGUAUUAAAAAGUUCUAUUAAACACCACAUGUGUUUAAAUGGGAAUUUAGGUUGGACAUUAAUCAUUUAUGUGUUAUUAA